CCGUGGUACAACUAGUACGGCAAUUGUAUAACGUCGCAUGUGAUCGCACCAAUGAAACUAAUAUGAUGACACAGAGGCAAUGCGAGCCUGUAUCUGCGGUCACAACGCAACCGGCGAAUACACCUCCAUCACUGGGUUUACUUACCGAAGUAGAGCAUCGUCAAUUAAAUUGUGUCCCAGCGUCAGGCGUGGCGAAAUCGAGGACGGAACGACUGCAAACACAGCUAAGUGCUCUUGGUCGCCAAGAAUUGUGUUUAUCCCCCACAUCCAUGCUCUCAAUUUCAAACUAUGAACACCAUGUAGUCACAGAAGCUAGUCUCAAGUAUCCUUUCUUGUACGACUCUGUGAAACGUACAGGAAAAGGUCAUGCACAGCAGAACAUACCGGAUAGCCGUAGGCUGCAAUCUACGGAGCUAUCGGCAUUGGCGGCUGAAAUGAAUCUAGCAACAAAACCAAGACUUUUGAGCAUUGAGUCCUCAUUUGGGACUUCACCAAGCAAGUCUGACUCACGUGUCUCGUGGUCGUUUGCAUUUGCUAGUGUAGUGUGCUUACGUAGGUUGAAAUCAGGUCCGAGGUACAGACAUGUACUACGACGCGGUCAUGUUAGGAUUUCGAAGCCGCUUUUUAUCGAGAAAAUGGGAAGAGCCAAGGCGAGUCCAUCCGUGACCAUUCAAUGUGCUGCUCGACGGUGGCUUGCUUGCAUUGAGAUGCACAACCAAGCAAAGCUACGAACAUUGCAGGCCAGGCGCGAACACUGUUCACUGAUUCAGCUCAUAAGAGUCAGGCAGAUGGCAGUUGAUACUGCACAGAAAACUGCUCGCAACACCAUGUCAAGAUCGUCAGCGCAGCAACAUUCUGAGUACACCAAUGCCUUGACUAUUUUACAGUAUUACGCUCGUGGUCGUGUUGGAAAUCUCACCCUGACCAAGUUGCGUCAAGGAAGCUUGAUAUUGAUGUCGACAGUUCUCUUGAUACAGUGUCAUUGGCGAAGAAAGCAGAGUUACAAAAGCGCUGGCAUAGCACGUGUGACAGCUCUUUCGAUGAAACUUACACAAUUUGUCCAGGGGCGAUCUCUUGGGCAGCGGAAAAACUUCCAGACUCAUGGUGCUGUCGUUUCACUUCAAAAGUAUUGGCGAAAGCGCGCACAAAUGCGCCAGCUACGGUUCAAGCAUGAUUAUCUUCGUGAGCUCAGUGCCAAUGUUAUCCGCGGUUGUAUUUUGCGUUUGAUCUCUCGCACACAGCGUCGCCAUCGCCGUUUGGCAGACAGGACCGUCCGUUAGCUAGAGUCUUAAAGUCGUCCUUUUAUAGAAAAUGACAUUAUAGAAAAUGACAUCAUUGCUUCGCGCAGGUAACUCAUAUAACAGAAUUGAUCGCGAUUAAUGUCCAAACGCUAUAUCGUCGGCGGGCCGCAAUGCUAGUCGUAAAGCAGAUGCACCUCGAUGCUCGUGUUGAUGUUAUGGCACGGCACAAGUAUCGUGUUCAACGACUAGCGUCUUUACGAAUUUUUAUAGCAGAUAGCAAUUCAGUAAGUACAUAUCCCAAUCAAUGGAGACGCUCUGUGGUUCGAGCAUACAGACAAUUUCUCGUGGCGUCUGCAAGCGCUGGCGUCCCCUGUAGGAUAGCUGGAAGAUCCACCAGAUUAUUGGCUGUUGUCAAAGUUGGGGCUAUUUACCGAGCCUACUCCUGUGCCUCACGUGUACAGUCGAGGUUGCUGCAACAGCGACUUCGUGACAGCGCUGCAGACGCAAAAACACAGAGAGGCUAUGUUGUUGAACUACAGCAGUGUGCGCGCGCGUGGUUGGCUCAAUAUCAUGCUAGAAGAAAAUACUUGAAUCAUUCUAGCAUCACAAUUCAGAGGUUUGCUCGCGGUAAACUAGGGCGGCGACGAAUUUAUCAUAUUCGUAAAAAGCUCGCUGCUGUAAUUUCCAUUCAGGCAACUGCACGCAAAGCUGCAGCUACUAAAACAUAUCAUCCCCAACUUCGAUGGCUGCAGCAGCUCAAAGUCCCCACUUCAAUCCUCCAGAGUCAAGUUCGUCGACUUAAAUCUAUUGUAUUGGCUACGAAAUUGCGCGAAGCUGUAGUCUUUGAUAACGAAAAGAUCCUUAGAGCACACAAAAACCUCUGUUACUGUCGCCAAAUUGUGCGUACUGAGCUUUGCAUUGAAUCAUAUAGAGGCCGCGCCAAGUACCGAGGAGAGUUUCAAGCUAUUUUUGCGAAGUACUGUCGUAAAAUAUCGACGUCAAAACAAAGUUUUUCAACUCAUUCAUGCAUCAAAUUACUAGGUGUGCACCCAGCUGUCGAGUUAACCUCGAGUAAGCGGCAAAUGCAGCCACGCGCGAUCUCCCAAGAUAUCACGGUGCGAGGCAGAACGCUUACGGAAGACAACAGUCAGUUGGUACAGCAAGCCCAUUGCUAUGGUGCAAAGAUGUCCGCGUCAGAAUUUACUCGGCUAUUCAAGGACACUUCUGGGGCGGUUGUUGGUUUCAGUCGGCCUUCAGCCAAAGAAAGGUCAUACAAUGGAAUAAAAACCAGCGAUCUUGAAGUAAUUUUUGCUCGUGAAAAACGCCAUGGUGAGAAGUGCAUUACAUUUGAUAUCUUCUUGGCACUCAGCAUCGUAUGAAAUUCGCGCGUAUUAGUGCUAAUGUGUGUUAUGCCCAGGUUUGCCUGGAAGAAGUCUGCACACAGCUAAAUCUCAGUGGAGAAAGUACCAUGGGGCGUCUAGCUGAUGGUCGCUUUGAAAAGGUGCUUUCUAUGCUCAUUCAUGUAUGGUUACAGGAAAGUUGGGCACUUGAUAUAAGAUAUGCUCUCGAAGCACGUGUGGAUAGAAAGCUUGAAACAAGCGUAACAUCCUUACAGACGUUCGCUCGUUCGGUUGCUGCUCGUUAUUAUGUGAUCGCCAAAAAGAAAACGCACUACAAUGGUGUGCAUUCACGUGCCACAGCAGGUGCCGCUAUUUUUAUCCAAACGCGGCUCGCACGCGGUCCUGCUGCUCGUGCACGUACGGUUGUGAUGGCCCUGCGUGCCUUUAAAAAAUACGCAGUGGAUGAUAAUGAGAUGCAUCAGUACUCUAUUCCAUGCAACGAACUGAGCCAUGGCUCCACCUUAUGUUACUGGGCUUUUGUCGGUCUAGAGAGUGAAAAUUCUCGUAGCAGGUCCAUUCGAAAGGCGACACAUACCCGAGUCGCAUGGGCGAAACCUAAGCUUCUGCGUAAUGCUGACGUACAAAAGAUCUUGCGCAGACCUUCUCUUCGAACUGCGUUCAUUGUUGAUUGUGCCUUUUGUGGGAUCAGGGCUGCAGAAAAAGUAUGCCUUGACUCAUGCGCUGACCCGUUUUUUACGCGUAGCAUAUAAUCAAAUUGUGAGAGAAGGCUAUUGCGCCUUUGUAGGUACUGUAAUGAAUGUUGGGAUGCAGUCCAUCGCCGCGGGAAACGGCAGCAGCAUGCCUUUCGUGCCAUUGUAAUAUGCGUGGACUGUGGUGGUAGGCAACCUGCCAGUCGCAUCUGUAGUACCUGCUCGGCAUCUGCGGGUUGCAUUGUCUCUCUCUGUGACGUACAUUAAUCUGUGCCGUGAUUUGUCUUUUGGAUCACUCACAGCAUAUGAGCCAGGUAUGUUUUCAUAGUCGCCAUGCUUUGUGCUUGCAGCAAAAUCACUCACAAGACAAUGCAUUGAGCGAUCAGAGACUGAGAUCUGAUGCACUCAGGCCACACCGUUGGACACCUCUUGUUCAGCCCUGCACAUUCUGUGGUAAUUUUGCAGCUAGGUGGCUGUGUCCGCCAUGCAAGGAGUCUUAUUGUGCUGACUGCUACUCACAACUUCACGGGCGUGGUGCAAGUCUGGCACACGCAUGUAAUCGCCUGGGCUACUACACGGCAGAGGAUCAGCUCCGUGACGAACAUUUCUUCCGAGCAAGCGCACGGCGCUCCAUCGAACGCCAUAAGAAAGAACUGGCUCGUAAUUCUGAGCCCAUAUUGCGCAAGCAAGCAGCACUAGCGAUCCAAAGAUCAUAUCGCGCCGCGAGUGGACGUGCCUUGGGUCGCAGCUGGCUUCGAUCGGCAAGGGCAAAGCAAUCUUACCAGCAACGGCAAACUCACUAUUCGAAAAGCUUGUGCAUCCGUCGGAUCCUUGGGCUUACUAGUCAUACAUUAUUGCCACAUGAUGCUAAGGAGCAGAUUGCAAUGGAAAGGACAUUAUUCUGGAAGUGCCAGCCAGCGAAACAUAGUAACCAUACUCAUAAUUCAUAAGAUGCAAUUCAGGCGCGCACGCGCUCGAUACUUUAUCCUUCAAAAUUGCACAGAUGCCUCCCUGAAUGGCGAUUUGCCCACUGAUCCAAAGAGGAUCCAGGGACAGGGCUUUGGAAUUGGCAGUACUGGCGAACUUGCAGAUCAGGCAUCUUUUGGCGGGGUUCGGCUACCAGGUCGCGCUUUCCCAGUUGAAGGUACCAAGCACGUCAAUGUAUCACAUGACCUACGCAAGUUGUUGCGGCCAGGUGAUCGAAUCCGCAUCGGAAGUAGCCUUUGUCGCCUCCACAAAACUCAUCCAGGAGCAGUCGAUAGAAAUAGCCUACAGCUACGGUUCUGUUGGGUUAAGCCGGACAUAGGUGCUACAGGCUUGUGUCUAUAUCGUUUACCACCUCAGGGACAAGCAGGUAAAAUGUGGACAAUGAUUGGGCGCAUCAUGUAUGAGAAUCAGCUCACACAGAUCCUGAUCAAAGGAUAUUGCGGCUUUCAUUUCAAAGUUUGCGAGUAUCAACGAGUGUGGGCAAAGAGGCUGCAUCAUAGGCUCCCCAAAGUCGCUAGUCAACUCCAAAAGUGGUCCGCUCAGCAUGAGGGAAUUCAGCAGCGGGUCCAGUGGUGGACAAUGGACUGGCAACAAGUUCUCGAGUCUCGUCGUAGGAAAGCAGACAGGUCGUAAAGAUUCGUCUUCCGUAUUCCCAAUUGAAUAAAUAAAUAAUUAGAAAUCGAGGAUGGAGGAGGCAGGAGGCAGGCGAGGCAUAACUACACAUCACGCCGCGCCAGAUCCCGCGCCCCCAGGCUUCCCAGGAGCCGCUGGCACACUCCAGCUGUGGCAUGCCAGUGGAUCAUUGCAUGGAUCCCUUCCGACGCGUGAUCGUGACGGUCACCCCGAGCUUGAGGUUGUUGGUGAACAUAGAACCAGGCUCCUGUGAGAGAGUAAGGGGAAGGCUCAAGUUAACCGUGACUGACUUGAAUUUCACUGGCGACUGGAGCCUGAGCCGCAUGAUGAUGUUGCGGUUGCCCCUCCCGGGGCCGAGUCACUCACUGGCAGACUAGCCGCACUGGCAGGCUUCUACAGGCGAGGCCGCACUGGCACCCAGUUUCGUAGAUCGCACCGCGUAUAAGCAUCCAGAAUGCACUGCCAUAAGCUACCUACGGUACUAGUAGGGAUCCGGCAUGUCAGUAUAAAUCUUUGUAAGAGUAGUAAGAGUAGUCGGCGCUAGUUGGCGCAGC